AUGUCGUCUGCAUCAUACAACAACACGGGCAGGGUCAAUGUGUCCCAGUACCUGCGCAACUUGAACGUCCAGGGCCCGUCAGUGGAGGAGACCUUGACGGACGAGGACCUUGAGAAGGAUCUCGCGCUCUUCACCAACACGCAGUUCUUCGACUUCGAAACCGGCCAACACACGGAUUACCAGGCGCCACCCGUCAAGUCCGAAGUUACACGGUCGCCGACCGAAGAUGUGUCGUCGGAGUCAAUUAUGGGAGAUUUCCCCGCGGGCUACGAGUUCCCCGUCUCAGGGCCGCCGACCAAAGAGCUUCAGGCUUGCGAUUUUAGUUUCGGGGACUACAACAACACCUUCGCGUCGCCCACCGUGCCGGCUUUCCCGGACGCGUUAGGUGGCCUGCAGCCUAUCCAGCCUAACCCGCAGAGCGGGUAUCCGUCUCAGGUCCCGCAUCAACAGCACCACCAGGCAAAUGGGUACGUACAACAAGCUGCCCCAGCGGCGGUGAGACCACGAGCCUCUGGCUCCCUUUCUUCCGUCGCUGGUGGCUCCAGCUCUUCCGGCUCGGUAGAGGAACGCAAGGCUGAGUCGAUUAGCGGACAUGCACAUGCGCCGAAUGGGCGGGUGCUCAGCUUUGAGGAUGCGUCACGGCUGGCAGCGGAAGAGGACAAGCGCAAGCGCAACACGGCGGCGAGUGCGCGCUUCCGGAUCAAGAAGAAGCAGCGCGAGCAGGCGUUAGAGAAAAGCGCCAAAGAGAUGACGGAGAAGGUGACCAUGCUCGAGGGCCGUAUCUCCGCACUUGAGACGGAGAACAAGUGGCUCAAGGGUCUCGUCACUGAGAAGCAUGGCGGCCGCGACGACAUCCUCGACAAACUGCUUAAGGAGGUUGCGUCUCAGGAGAACGGCAAGGACUCUAUUUCCGUCGCCGCCGAAAUCAAGUCAAAGAGGAAGGAUUAA